UGUUGGUUACGGUAUUUAUACGUUUUUUAUGUAAGCAUACACAUAUAAUGACAUUAGUUACCACCGGGAUGUCUGCACAACAUAACUUCUGAACAUAUUACGUUUCCUGAUGUCACUUGUUGCCUGGUGACCUGCUGAAUGAUGUCUAAAUGUUUGUCUACGCUCUAUAAAAGGACAACUGUUGCGUGGCAACGACGAAGCCAACAGAAAGCGCUGCAAACUCAAAGCAUCCACAUGAAGUCGGCAGAAUUUGGUGGAAUUUUGUCUGCGCGCGAGCUCGGCUCCGACGCGGCGGAGGGAUGCCCCAACAUGUGCGGCAUGUGCGCACCGUGCGUCUUUGCGCCCACGCCACCGGGCUUCAUCCAGUGCUCGUGGAAGGUGUCUGAUGGGUUCAAGAGGAGAUUCGUACUGGACCUCCUUUUACGGUGCAGCAGCGUCCAGGUGCUCGAACGCGUCCACAGCGUGCUCGGUGUUACGUCAUGGGCUCUGUGCGCGAGCGCCCGCGCACGCAGCCGAGCGUCACCUCAGACCCACCCGCCGUUUGGGGUGGACGUGAAAAGGAUCUGGUUCUGGUUCCGCAGCAGUCCCAGCUGGAUGCAAACGCGCUACCUCUGCCGCGUUUUGUCUCGCUGUGACCCAGAACUUUUACGCAUGGCCUCCAACUUAAUCAGCGUCCUCCUGAUUAGACAAAAACGAAGAUUUCUGCAAUUCAGUACGAGUUUCUCCACUAAUCGAGAUCAGGACAGCGAUGAGGAUCCUGCUCUCAUGGUUGUACCCGGAUCCACAAACUCUGUGUGUGGAGUCAGCCGAUACCGAGACUUCAUCGGCUGCCUCCCCGUGGAUCUGUCAAAGAGGAUCCUGGGUCUGUUGAAGGAGUCCACUUUGAGGCGCUGCCAGAAGGUUUGCAGAUACUGGCAUCGACUCGCAAAGGAAACCAUCGAGGAAAUGAAGUUCAGAAUAAGCUUACGGGAGCAAAUGAAGACCAUAAUGGCCAGAUGUAAAUCUGUCGCUGUCAGUCCAACUUACGCCAACUUCGUGGACGUCUUCGUACCGGCGCAGGAUGGAGAGACGCAGGACGAGCCGACUGUCCAGCAGUUCACACCAUUUGAAGCAGCUUAUGCCAAAAUCCAAACCAAAACAGUGCAAAUGGAAGAACGGAAUGUUUACUGUGGCGCAUACUUCACCAAAGUCCUGCUGAACAGAGAAGACGCCCAUCGCGUGGUGGACUACAGGGGCGGAGCGCUCAUGGCCGCCGGCUCCAGGGAUCGAGUGGUGCAGCUGUUUCACGUGGCGUGGGAAACCACAGCGCUGUCCACGAUGAAGGGCCACGUGGCCGGCAUCCGAGCGGUGCUGCUGUGUGAGGACAGAAACCUGGUGGCGACGGCGAGCGGCGAUGCGAGCAUCAGGUGCUGGAGUCUGAAGACGGACCGGUGUGAGGCGGCUCUGUACGGCCACACCGGUGCCGUCACCUGCCUGGACGUCCACGGCGCCAGGCUGGUGUCCGGAGCCAAGGACUGCAGAGUGAAGGUGUGGGAUCUGAACACAGCGACGCCUAUGGAGGGCGUUGGUUUGAAGCACCCGGCCGCCGUCCGCUGUGUGAAGAUCAGAGCUGCAAACAUCUACAGCAGCUGUGACCGAGGCCUUGUGAAAGUGUGGGACGUGGAGCAGGCCUCUGUGGUCCGGGUGAUCGACGCCCACAGGAGCUCGGUGAAGUGUCUGUUUGUGGACGAGUGGCACCUUCUCUCUGGGGACGUCAGCGGCCGCGUGAUGUCCUGGAGCACCCGCUCUCAGGCUGAGGCCUGUCUCAUCUCCUUCACCCACCCACAGGAGGUGAGGUCCCUGAGCCUCGUGUACCUGCGCGUCCUCACCGGCUGCAUGGAUGGAGUCAUCCGUAUCUUUAACUUUCUCACCGGAGACUGUUUGAGAAACAUCACGGCCGAGAACGAAACGGGACGCUUGCUGUCUUUGCACUUCAGUGAAAACAGUAUUUUAGUGAACACGACGUCUGCUGUGAAGCUGUUCCAGUUUGGCAAAGUGUUCUGGGAUUACGCCGAGUCAGCAGCUGAGGGAUCACACAGGAUCCCUCCCUGCAGCUCUGACCAGGUGGAUCCCAUGGCUUCAGCCAGUCGACCGAUGGGUGGAUGUGACAGGAGGAAACAAGCAGGAGCUGAGCUGCUUCACCACCAGCGCUUCCUGUCCGGCUCCACGCGAGCCAGAGGUUCCUGUCAGAGCGACGCACAGUCACUGGUGCUGAGUGAGCGCUCGGCUCGUGAGCGGAUUGAGAAGCGGGGCCCACAUCACCCUGUGACGCGCGACUCCCUGCUGCUCAGGGUCGGUGCCCUCCAGAGGGCGCGGAGCAGGGACGAGGUCAGCCUCAACACGGAGCGGAACGCAGCCCUGCGAGACUCCUGGGGCCCGAACGCAAGCCAGGGGCCUGUGCAGCUCGCCCUCCGGGCCCCGAACCAGGGUCCACGCAGGGACGGACCCAGCAGGGCCAGGACCCGCGUCCCCGCAGUGAAGCCUGAAGAAGAAGCCACGGCUCCUGACAGCGUGAGGCGACACCAGCACGGAGGGCAGCUGCUCCACAGGCGCCCAGAGAGGGUCCGGGCUCGUCAGCUCUGCAGCUUCAGACCCGCUCAGAGAUCAGGCUGGGUUCAAGCAGCUGAGAAGAUCGGCUGGAACCUAGUUUACGAGGCCGCUUGUGGUGAUUCAUGAAGUGUCCGCUAGGGGUCAGUAUUGCAACAACGCUUGCAGACUGGGCGAGACUCUAGUUCAGCUCCAACUAUAUUUAUCUUUUAAAAUCUGAUCUGAACCAGUAGCUUGACUACGAUUAGAUAUUUUUCUAUUUAUAUUUUUCCUAUAGUUUAUGUUUUGUUAUUUUUAAUAGGGGGAGGAUUAAACAGCUUCAUUUUUAAACAUA